CGCUGCCGGAAACCGACUACCACUUUUGAGGCGUCUCCUUUCUAUUCUUGGAACAAUUAAAAUCUGCCUUAUUCAGUCGACACAAAAUACCUUUUUAUAGUGGAUGCUGCACAGUUUGUGUGUCUUCCGCUUGUUCUGACUCAAAACGAACUCUAGUAACAUAUUUCCUUAAGGAUAUCAAAUAACAGAGGCUUGAAAAAGAAAUAUAAAUAUCACGUGAAAACGAUGCUUCUGUUCCGCAUGGCACUGACAUAUUGAAAAAUAACAAUAUCGAAGCAUCCAGUUAACGUGACUCAAUCGCAGGGUCUUAGUGGUUCCAGAAUGAUUUGUUUAAAAUGGAUUAUAUUUGUGUAUUUAUUUGCCACUUUAACAGUGUUUCAGACAACUGUAGCACAAUGCAGCCUGAGUGCCUGUGAGGUUUUUGAAAUGUUAACUCGGGGUAUUAAUAAGGAAGAACAUCCAAACCGUAGCUCUUGCAGUUCUGACAUUCAUUGGAGGCAACUAGACAGAAGGCUUCGAGCUAUAGAACAAUCUACAUGGACUAUUAGUUUCGGCCAGUCAAGAUGGCGCCAAUGUUCCAAGAGUGUGUGUCAAUGUGACGUCGCUCGUCGUUCCCUAAAUUGCUGGAGAUCUGGUUUAUCUAACCUCGCAGCUGAAUUGGUGGUUCCAGCUGAUCUUCUUACAAUGGAUCUGGGAUCUAACAAGUUGCGAACGCUGCACAAAACGACAUUUAAAGGCAUGCGCUCACUUUCCGAGCUCGAUAUGUUCGAUAAUCGAGUGGAAUACUUACCAUCCGGAAUAUUUGAUUCCUUGGUCAACCUCAGAAUUCUGCGACUACAAAGAAAUUAUUUGGAAGAAAUUCACAGCGAAGCAUUCCGAGCUACAAAAAAACUGUUUCAUGUUGAUUUAUCGUACAACUAUUUAUAUACACUCCCAGAAAGGGUGUUUGCCAACAAUUCAAUUUUGGAAACUAUUGACUUGUCAAACAAUCAAAUAAUGUAUGUGCCAGCGGAUAGCUUCUUAGGUCUGGAUUCGUUGACAAUAUUGGAUCUUUCAAAAAACAAGAUCCAGAAAAUAGAACAUGGAACAUUUGUAAUUAAAUCUCUUCAGAUCUUAAAGUUGUCUGAAAACCGAAUAAGUAAUAUUACUGAAAACGCUCUAGAGAGUCUCAAUUCACUGGAAACCUUACUGCUUGAUAAAAACAAGUUAGAAAAUAUUCCCAGUCAUUUACUUUACAGUUUGAAUUGCUUGACCUAUUUAGACCUCUCUAAUAACAACUUGAUAAGUUUAACAGGAGUUGAAUUCGACAAUCUCAAAAUGUUGCACAAUUUGAACUUAAGGGAAAACGCUUUAACGGAAAUACCAGACUUCACAUUUUCAAAGUGCUCUAACCUAGAGAAAUUGGAUUUGUCUAAGAAUAAACUGCGCUUUUUGAAUUUCACAACAUUCCACGGAUUGGAUAAUCUCACAUCUCUUCUCCUCUCUGACAAUAAAUUGCAUGAAGUACAUAUUAAAGCAUUUUAUAAUUUGAAAAAUUUAACGACUUUAUACAUAGAUGGCAACCUGUUUCCUUCAUUACCGUCCAGAACUUUGGAUUACAUGCCGAAAUUAGCGAUAGUCAAACUGUCUGGAAAUCCAUGGCAUUGUGACUGUCACGUUUUAUACAUAUCAGCGUGGGUUCGUCUUAACGAGAUGAAGAUUUGGGACUAUUCCCCGACUUGCGCAUCCCCAUGGUUUCUGGAAGGUCACUUUCUAAGGAAACUGAAGUUCCCAGAACUGUGCGCUGGACAAUGGGCAAGUAUGGUGAACCUGUCACCGCGGCUGCCCAUCCAGCAGUUGUUAGCACUCAACGUAUCUGUGAACAGGAAACCUCAAGAUAGCAUGGAACAAAAUCAUGAUGUCACUACUGUCGACACGUGGCAUUAAUUUAGAAGACCAGUAUUUUAAUGUAAUCAAUUAUGUUUAAAAACUAAUAAAUAUCACUACAACUAACCUCAGUUCUCUGUUCAUCUUAGUUUUUGUUUUUAGGAAAAGCUAUCUUAUUUGAACGGAUAGUAAAACCAAAAAGUGAAAUGUUUAAAACUUUUAUAGUUUACCUAUAUGUCUCAUUAUCUUAUGAAACAUUUAUUUCGGUAGUGAGAAGAAAAUUUUACUUCUUCUUUCAUCAUUGAUUUGUGGAUAUUGGUGGAGGUUGCACACUUAACUUAUUAAUAUUUACAUCAUUUUAAGUAACAUGUAGUGUAUAACAGUUGUAUGUUCCCAAAUGUUAAAAAUAAAAAAACAAUAAUUGUAUUGUAUUGGUAACUCCUUAAUAAUAUCUACUAGGAAAAUUUGUACAUUAAUAUCAUUAUCAUCUAAAAUAAAACUCAAUAAACAGGUAAACUAAAGGUUCCAGAUGUCCAAAAUAAGCACUUUUAGAUUAAUAGAAUAUAAAUUCUCUUAUAUUGCCACAUUUCUGGGUUUUCGCUCAAUAGGGUAGUGCUUUAUUUGUAUCACUAUUUUUACUCAGUAAACAGGCCGCAAUCAUUUCAUGUAUCUUAA